AUGUGGCUUAAAUACGCUCGAAUAAUAUUUGGAGGGCUGCUAGCUCUUUCUACCGUCUCCAUGAGCGCACUCUACCUCUUCCAGAAUCGAUUGGUGUAUCCAUCAUGGGCACAAGACGCACGGAAGCACGUCGACACACCGGAUAUCAGGAACAUACCAUAUGACAGGGUGCGGCUGAUUACGAAGGAUGGUGUUAAGAUUGAUGCAUUUGAUGUCAAGAACCCGAACUCCAAGACAACUAUUGUCAUUCUGUGUCCCAACGCGGGGAAUAUAGGGUAUUUCAUUCCGAUUAUCGAGCUCUUCUAUCGUCAGUUUGGUUUGAGCGUAUUCAUCUACUCUUAUAGAGGUUACGGGCUAUCUGAGGGAUCACCAUCAGAAGCAGGGUUGAAAAUGGAUGCAGAUCGUGCAAUCUCUUAUUUGGCUACCAACGAAUUUCACAAGAAAAGAAAGCUCGUAUUGUACGGUCGCUCUCUCGGUGGUGCGAAUGCCAUAUACAUUGCAUCAAAGUACCCAUCAUUGAUCGACGGUGUGAUUUUGGAGAAUACGUUUUUAAGUAUCACAAAAGUGAUCCCAUACAUGUUCCCCAUCUUGUCUAAAUUUGCAUUUAUGUGUCACGAACUUUGGAAAUCAGAAGACGUUAUUUCUCAGUGCAGCCCCAGCUCGCCCUUCCUGUUUUUAAGUGGGUUACGGGAUGAAAUUGUCCCGCCAUCCCACAUGAAGAAGCUAUUUGAACUGUGUACGUCAACCGCAAAGCGUAUUUUCGAAUUCCCCACUGGCCACCAUAACGAUACUAUUUUGCAAGACGGCUAUUGGGAAAUUAUCAGAGAUUUUUUGGACCAGUACAACUUCAUAUGA